AGAAAGCUGAAUGUAAAGGACAAGGCCAGGCCCUCGUCAACCCUUUUCUUGGUGAAACAAGACCAUCAAAACCACACUCACUACUGGCUCAUCUCCCUCCCAGCCGCCAUGGCGCCCAAGAUCACCAUAGCCUUCGACCUCUACGGCACGCUCCUCUCCACCUCCUCCAUCUCAGAUGACCUAGCCCACCACUUCGGAGCCGACAAGGCCGACCAAAUCGCCACCAAGUGGCGCCAGUACCAGCUGGAGUACACCUGGCGCCUCACCUCGAUGCAGGAGCCGUCCACCCCCGAGGUCCCCCACAUCCCCUUCGACAAGAUCACCCGCGCCGCCCUCGUCCACGCCGUCAACGAGGCGGGCCUGCACAUCCCAGACGCCAAGGCCGACGAGCUCAUGCGUGCCUACGACGGCCUCGUGUGCUUCACAGACGUGCUCCCGGGCCUCAAGACCCUGCAGGAGAGGACCGCAGCCGGCGACGCCGAGGCCCUCAUUUUUUCCAACGGCACCGCCGCCAUGCUGAGCGCGUCGGUCGCCGCGAGUCCUACCCUGAAGCUGUUCCACCCGGACGCGAGCGCCCAGGGCGCAAAGCCCUUGUUCGCGAAGCUGGUGUCUACGGACGGCGCGGGGAGGUACAAGCCCCACCGUGAUGCCUACGAGCACCUACAGCGCGAGGUGGGCGCCGGCGGAGGCGACUACAGGGCACAGGCGGCCGUGUGGCUCGUCAGCGCGAAUCCGUUCGACGUCGUUGGGGCGAGGGCUGCGGGGCUGAGGGCUGUGUGGGUGGAUCGUCAAGGCACGGGGUGGGUGGACCGCCUUGGGGAGGUGAUCAGUGAGGCCGGGGAUGCAAAGGUGGACUUGAAACCGACGAUUGUUGUGAAGGGUGUAGAUGAGGCUGUAGACAAGAUCUUCAAAGCCGGCAUUUGAAACGUUGCUGCGAGGCAUGAGGGAUGCGCAUUUCCAGAUGAUGGCAGCAAAAGACAGGUCUGCGGAAGGAUUGUAUGGUUUCUGGCAUGCUGGAGUACAUUACUAAUGACCAUGGUGCUCAAGACAGACACACAAGAUUUGUGUUUCGGCUAUGAGUCUUAUAUCAGCCAUCGAAAUUGUUCGUGGUGCUGGCAAUCCAUUCAUUUCAGCG